GCGUAGACUCUGUUUUAUAAAGGAGGAAAAGAAAACAAAGGAAAACUCUCGCUCUCUCUGGGUCUCUGGAAGCAUGGAGGAAAGUCUGGUACAGAAGCAUGAAGAAGAAAGUGAAGAAAAAAGAGUGAGAUGGAGUGGUUUCAGUGAAGAAAUGAGAAGGAUAAGUGUAAUAGCAGGGCCUAUGGUGGCUGUGGUUUCUUCCCAAUAUUUGCUGCAAAUAGUGGCAACCAUGAUAGUUGGUCAUUUGGGUGAACUCUAUCUCUCUAGCGCCGCCUUAGCCAUUUCCUUAGCAGGGGUGUCUGGUUUCAGUCUUCUUAUGGGAAUGGCUAGUGGACUAGAGACAAUUUGCGGACAGGCUUAUGGAGCUCAGCAAUAUCAAAAAAUUGGACUGCAAACAUACACUGCCAUUUUUUCUCUCAUAUUGGUUUGUAUUCCCCUGUCUGUCCUUUGGCUCAACAUGGAAAACAUACUAGUUUUCAUGGGCCAGGACCCUCUAAUUUCACAUGAAUCAGGGAAGUUCACACUUUGGCUUCUACCAGCACUUUUUGCAUUUGCAAUUCUACAGCCAUUAGUUCGAUAUUACCAAAUCCAAAGUAUGAUUCUUCCCAUGCUUGCAACUUCUUUUGUCACACUCACUAUUCAUAUACCUCUUUGUUGGGCCCUGGUGUUCAAAACAAGGCUGAAUAAUGUUGGUGGAGCAUUGGCAGUCAGCAUUUCAAUGUGGUCAAACGUGAUUAUGCUUGGAUUAUACAUGAGAUACUCCUCUGCUUGUGCAAAAACCCGUGCACCCAUUUCUUUGGAUCUCUUUAAAGGAAUGUGGGAGUUCUUUCGGUUUGCCAUCCCUUCGGCAGUAAUGGUUUGCCUUGAAUGGUGGUCGUAUGAGCUGCUUAUAUUGCUGUCAGGGCUGUUACCAAAUCCAGCACUUGAGACUUCAGUUCUAUCAGUUUGUCUAAACACUAUUUCAACUCUUUAUACAAUACCCUUUGGAAUUGGUGCUGCAGCAAGCACAAGGGUUGCAAAUGAAUUAGGAGCUGGGAAACCACAUGCUGCUCGUGUUGCUGUGUUAGCUGCAAUGUCUCUUGCAGUCAUUGAGACAAGUGUAGUAAGCGCAACACUCUUUGCCUGCCGCCAUUUUUUUGGUUAUGUCUUCAGUAAUGAGAAGGAAGUUAUUGAUUAUGUCACUGUCAUGGCCCCUCUCGUAUGUAUAUCUGUUAUACUAGACAGCUUACAAGGUGUUCAAACAGGAAUUGCAAGAGGUUGUGGAUGGCAACAUUUAGGAGUUUAUGUAAAUCUUGGGGCUUUCUACCUUUGUGGGAUUCCAGUGGCUGUCAUAUUGGCAUUUGUGGUGCGAGUGGGAGGAAAAGGACUCUGGAUUGGUAUACAAUGUGGUGCUCUUGUUCAAACUAUUCUACUUUCUGUCAUAACCAGUAACAUAAAUUGGGAAAAGCAGGCCAUCAAGGCAAGAAAGAGGUUAUUCGAUGAUGAAUUGGUAUGAGAAGCCCUUAAUCAAAGGCCAGUUUCCUAAAAAUGGGGACCAUUUUCAUGUGUUAGGAGUAAUGAAUUCUUGGCUUUGUGAAACUUUCGUGCAUCUGAUUAAGAAUACUCAGAGCAAUUUUUGUGAAUUAACAGGACAAAGAUCACUAUUGCCAAUUUAUUUGAUAUUCCAGAGUAGUGUCUGCUGUACUGUUUGUUUGACAUGUUAAAUUUGAGGUGGCAAAUGAACCCCAA